AUGUCCAACACCCAGGGAGGAAAUGGUCCCGACGCGUAUGCUCAGUGGAUCGGAUUCGAUAUCUACAAUUCCUGUCCGGAUACCAUUCAGGUUAGCGAGGCUUAUUUGAAAGAUGGCAAGUUCUAUCGUUGGAAUGACAAAGACAUCGAAUUGUCAUGGGACACGGUCAACCAAACUCGAAUCCUACCCAACACGAAUAACCUGACCUUCGGCUCUUGUGGCAGAGCCAACGCCGCAGUGGGUACCGAAGGUGAAAUUUCUUUCGAAGUUGAUGGCAAGACCGUAGCAAAGGUUGAAUGGGACUGUCCUUGGACCCCUGGAUCAAGGAAUUGGGUGACGAGCUCCUCGACAGCGGAGGGUUAUGGCAUCAGUCAUAGGGGCGACAGCCCUACCGGUGCUAUUGGUACUGUUAACUUCGAAAUAUAUAGGACCUAG